AUGUCGUCCCCGCUGUCAUCGUCUCCUACGCUGCCACUAUUAGUUGGUUCCAGACCUAGACAACAGCAACCACUGGGCUUAACCACAAUUUUCCGACCCACAAUAUUGAUCUUCUGUUCCCUUGUACUAAUAGCAUUCAUAUUCAUCAACCUGAAGAACAAGUCCCAUCUCGAUUUCGAGGAUGCCGUGUUCCUCACCAAGAACUCCAUCAAGGAGCUUAGAGAGCAAUACUUUGCCGAUGGGUUUCAUCCUCGAAGAAGAAUAAAACUACACAAUGAAGUGGGCCAAGACUCGCAGGUGCUUAAUCUGGAUAUCGAUUAUCCCUUGAACAACGUUGUCAACUCGUUUUUCCCUAUCGAUGCGGUGGUUUCGUUCAAUGCAAGUUUGCCUGAGGACGAUCCGAGCGACAAUAUCACCACCCAUGACUUUAUUGCACGAUAUGCUUCAUUCAGUCCCAUUCUCAACUAUCGAAUGUCAAGCAAGUAUAAGGUGUUGCGUGAAAAUGCUUGUUCCAAAUUGAAAGGGCGUGACUUAAAGGAAUACAAGAAUAAAACUCUCAUUGUCCUUCGCGGAGAGUGUACAUUUGUCGAUAAGGUUUCCAAUUUGCUCGAAUCCAACUUAAAUCCAAAAAGCAUAAUCAUCGCCAAUGAUGAGCCAUACAGAGGACUAAUCACCAUGUUUUCUAGUGAUUUCAACCAGGAUGGUUCGUUGCGCAUUCCAAUCUUGUUUAUAACUAAUGAGGAUUACCACACUUUGAAAGCGAUUGAAAAGUUGGGUUUGGAAAUUGAUAUAGAUACUGCGUAUAUUGGAAGUUGGUUAAGCAUACUAUUAUCGAUGGUUUUGUCGCCACCAUUGCUAAUUGUGAUUUUCUAUUGCAUAAUUAUAUGUGGACAGAGAAUCAGAAAACGUCAAGUUAAUAUUCAAAAUAAGAAUAUGGUCAAGCAACUACCAAUUUACAUUUACAAUAUUGAUCAUUUAAUUGCCAGUCAGUUUUUCCAAAAGUAUUUAACAACUACGUCGCAAACAAACAUGGUUCCUAAAGACAGUGAAGCCAUGGAACUAUUUGAUUCACCCAAGGGCUCAAUUCAAGGUGCUUCUUCCAGGAUAAUAGUGGGAGGUGUUGAUGUACGAGCAUCCAAGGACUCACUCCAUGUCAUAACUGCCCCUGACGAUUUCUUUCCUGCUUACAAGUGUUCAAUCUGCUUGGACAAGUACGUUCCUUUAAAAUCAAAAGUGUUGGUUCUAGAAUGUAAGCAUUUCUUUCAUGAAAAGUGCCUAUCCAACUGGCUUAUAAAUUUCAAACGAAGUUGUCCCUUGUGUAAUUCCACCUUGCAUAAACCAAAUAAUGCAUAUUUACUUGCGGAUGAUCAAGAGUAUUAUGGAAGUAUGGAUUUAGAAGCUGGAUUUGAUGCUUCACCAUCACAACAGGAGAGUAUAACUAGUGAAGGAGACGAAGAAGAUUUCUAUAUGGCUGCGUCAUCGCCAAGAAGUGGUUUAAUACUAAACACUAGUAAUGAACCAGUAGAGAGGUUUUCGUCAUCAGAAUCAGGGGACUCGACACAAGAAUCAAAACCAAAGACCCUGACUGCUGAUUCAGAAACAUUCUUUACGGCGCAUCAACAACUUCCUGAGGUUAGACCAUACACACCUGACCAUCUCAAGGUACCUCCAGCUGAAGGUUCAAGCAGGCCCAGUUCUAUCAGAUCUCCAAGGUCAUAUUUGAUUUCUCGACCACUGCAGAUAUUAAGCCGAUUGUCCACAGCUGCACCAAGUGAUGAGGCGGAUCUAAGCGUCAGUAUAGAUUCUGACGAAUUCGUUGCUCCGAUCGAAGGUUCUACACGAGAUGUCGAUAGAAAUACGCUUUAA